UCCUAGCAAUUUAGCAUUAACCCACAUUUAUUUGGUGCAAGCAGCAAGCAAGCACCCACACCACCCCUCCUAGCAAUUUAGCAUUAGCAAUAGUGACCCAUCCUCAUCCCUUUUCUUGUCUUGUCUCCCCCACCUCACCUCGCCAAUUCCAAUUUGCAAGUUGUUGCAGUACCAACAGCAACACCAUCCAUCACCUCCGACUCCGACUACUCUCAGUCCGAUCCUCCCUCCCCCACGCACACCACCCAGCACUCCUCUUCUGAUCACGUACGAUAAGCGCGCUGCCGCCCAUGUCCGAGCUCCAGGACGACGGCGCCGGCGGAAAUGGCCAAGACGAAACCGCCCCCGCCGCCGCCUUCGCGUCGCCGGCCAAGCGCCUCCGCAGCAGGUCGCCGGCGUCGGAGCCCACCUCCGUGCUCUACAACCGCAGCCCCAGCCCGCCCACGUCCUCCUCCCUGGCCUCUUCCUCCGCGCCCGAGCCGCCCCCCAUCAGCGCCGAGGACUGGGAGUGGGAGGCCGUCCUCGACAUGGCCGCGCCACCAGCCGCCGCACGGUCUCAGGACACCACCUCCUUCCUCCGCUGGAUCAUGGACGCCGACGCCCAAGUUGACGCCUUUGAUCCCUUCCUGCCUCCGCCGCCUUGCCAGGAGACCGCCGCCGUCGAGCCCUUCUUGCACCCGCAGCUCCAGCUCCCGCUCCCGCUCCCCGUGGCGCAGGAGGACCUUGACCUUGAGCCAGGGGUGGCGGUGGACGAGCUCCUCGAGGCGGCGCGCCGAGCCGACGCCGGGGACUCCGCUGGCGCGCGCGAGAUAUUGACGCGGCUCAAUCACCGGCGGCUACCCUCGAUGUCGCUGCCGGGGCACCCGCACCCUCCUCUCCUCCGCGCCGCCGCUCACCUUCGGGACGCGCUCCUGCGCCUCCUCGUCGCGCUCCCCCUCCCGCACGGCUCCUCCGUCUCGACCCCGCUCGACGUCGCGCUCAAGGUCGCCGCACACAGGGCACUGGCGGACGCGUCGCCGACCGUCCAGUUCGCCAGCUUCACGUCCACGCAGGCGCUCCUCGACGUGCUCGGCGCCGCGCGCCGCGUGCACGUCGUCGACUUGGACGUCGGCUUCGGCGGUCGGUGGGCGCCGCUCAUGCAGGAGCUCGCGCUCCAGUGGCGCCGAGCACCCGUCUCGCCGCCGCCGUGCUUCAAGGUGACGGCAUUGGUCUCGCCGGGGUCAGCGCACCCCUUGGAGCUCCACCUCACGCACGAGGGCCUGACGCGCUUCGCCGCCGAGCUCGGCAUCUCGUUCGAGUUCAACGCCGUCGCCUUCGACCCCUCGGACCCGUUGCCCCCAACGGAGUUGUCCGUCGCGCCCGGCGAGGCCGUCGCCGUUCACCUCCCCAUCGGCUCCGGUACUCCGUUGCCGACGACUCUCCGCGUCGUGAAGCAGCUCCGGCCCGCCAUCGUGGUGUGCGUCGACGACCACGGAUGCCACCGCGGCGACCUGCCGCUGUCGCAUCACGCGCUCAACGUCGUGCGCUCCACCGCGGCGUUCCUCGAGUCGCUGGACGCGGCCGGCGCGCCGGCGGACGCGGUGGCGAGGCUGGAGCAGUACGUCCUGCGUCCCAGGGUGGAGCGCCUGUUGCUAGGGGACAGGAUGCCUCCAUGGCAGACCAUGCUUGCGUCCGCCGGAUUCGCGCCGGUGCAGCUCAGCAACGCCGCCGAGGCACAGGCCGAGUGCCUUGUCAGCCGCACGCCCACGCCGGGCUUCCAUGUGGAGAAGCGGCAGGCGGCGCUUGCACUGCGGUGGCAGGAAUCGGAGCUGGUGAUGGUGUCGGCGUGGCGGUGCUGAAGAUGAACUACUGAUUCCGGCAUUGGGACUACAGUUCUUGUAAAGAUUGAAUCCUUUUAUUUUCUCAUGCAGUAAAAUUAGCUAACUUGCUGUUGUCAACACGCAUGCAGUCUGUUCAUUUUAUAUAUUUAAUUAUUAAUCUGUGAUGAUAUAGCAAUUGGCUACUAUACUGGAUAUAUGUAACCGUUAUUGCCUAGGAUAAUGUCAGCUCCAAGGAAAGUUUGUACAAAAUUAAGUGAUCAUAUUGUAAUUAGGUGUCUAUUUAACUCUCUCUCUCUCUUCCUCUC